CACUCUGCUUGCUACCAUGGACACAUCCGUCUGGUGCAGUUCUUACUGGAUAAUGGAGCUGAUAUGAAUCUGGUAGCCUGUGAUCCCAGCAGGUCAAGUGGUGAAAAAGAUGAGCAGACUUGUUUGAUGUGGGCUUAUGAAAAAGGGCACGACGCCAUCGUCACGCUCCUGAAACAUUAUAAGAGGCCUCAGGAUGAAUUGCCCUGUAAUGAAUAUUCUCAGCCAGGAGGAGAUGGCUCCUAUGUUUCUGUUCCGUCUCCCCUGGGGAAAAUUAAAAGCAUGACUAAAGAAAAGGCGGACGUCCUCCUCCUGCGGGCAGGGCUGCCUUCCCACUUCCAGCUUCAGCUCUCUGAAAUUGAAUUCCAUGAAAUUAUUGGCUCAGGGUCUUUCGGAAAAGUGUACAAAGGCAGAUGCAGGAACAAAAUAGUGGCUAUCAAACGCUAUCGGGCCCACACGUACUGCUCCAAGUCUGACGUGGACAUGUUCUGCAGAGAGGUGUCCAUCCUUUGCCGACUCAACCAUCCCUGCGUGAUCCAGUUUGUCGGAGCCUGCUUGAACGAUCCCAGCCAAUUCGCCAUCGUCACCCAGUACAUCUCAGGGGGGUCCCUGUUCUCCCUUCUCCACGAGCAGAAGAGGAUUCUGGACUUACAGUCCAAACUGAUCAUUGCUGUGGACGUCGCCAAAGGCAUGGAGUACCUGCACAACCUGACCCAGCCCAUCAUCCACCGGGACUUGAACAGCCACAACAUUCUCCUCUAUGAAGAUGGCCAUGCUGUCGUAGCUGACUUUGGAGAAUCAAGAUUCCUGCAGUCUCUGGAUGAGGACAACAUGACAAAACAACCUGGGAACCUCCGCUGGAUGGCCCCCGAGAUCUUCACCCAGUGCACGCGGUACACCAUCAAAGCGGACGUCUUCAGCUACGCCCUGUGCCUCUGGGAGCUCCUCACCGGGGAAAUCCCUUUUGCGCACCUCAAGCCAGCCGCAGCAGCUGCCGACAUGGCUUACCACCACAUCCGACCUCCCAUCGGCUAUUCCAUUCCCAAACCCAUCUCGUCUUUGUUAAUGAGAGGCUGGAACGCGUGUCCUGAAGGAAGACCAGAAUUUUCUGAAGUUGUGACAAAAUUGGAAGAAUGCCUUUGCAACAUUGAGCUGAUGUCUCCUUCAUCAAGUAACAGCAGUGGGUCCCUGUCUCCUUCCUCAUCCUCUGAUUGCCUGGCGAGCCGCGGAGGCCCCAGCAGGAGUCACGUAGCUGCCCUCCGGAGCCGCUUUGAGCUAGAGUACGCCCUGAACGCCAGAUCCUGCAUGUACUGGUCUCAGAGUCCUGGACAGAUCCUCGCUCAAGCUCCGUCUCUGGAAGACAUGAGGAGAAACUUUCGGUUUCCUGCGAUUGACAAAAAUGGCUACGUGUCGGACCCCAUGAGCGCCAUGCACUUCCCGGGCCCCGGCGGCUUGGAGGAGAGCGGCUGAGGCAGCCGCGACCUACCGGAGGAGCCGCCCGGCCCGGCCUCCGGCGCCGGGCUUCCGGUACCGCGGACAGCUCCCCCCAGGGCACUUCAAAUGGCUUUGCUUACUACUAGCUCCGUGUCAUUUUCUUCCACAAAUUGGGCCGAGGCUUUGUGUCGAAAACAUUAAAAUGCAAAAGAGGAAAGCCCGAAAUGGAGGUUGAAAAAGUGUUGUUAAUUUUGGGAGCUAACACUAAGUUAAUCACUGUAUGCAUUAUUUCCUAGUAUUAUUUGGAAGCAGCCCGGCAGUCCAGAGCAGUCACAUGUUAGCAAUAGGCUAGCAAGCUGGUUUCUAAGCUGAAUUGUGGAAAUGUGGCUUUGAGACUUGUUAUGUUUUCAGUUUCUCUCUCUC